CCACCGCCAUGCAGAUUGUCAAAUCCACACGAAGGCAACCGUAUAAUAAAAGAAUAAUUAAAUGUAAUUUGACAUAAAUGCUUUCGUUGAUUCACCUUUAUUACGCUUAUAUCCAAUUCCUUAGUUGCUCAGUUGUCCUCGUGUCAGCCGACUCAUUUUCCCGAGAAAACGAACGCUACAAAGACCCACCGUAAUCUUCCCCACUCACUCUCUCGUAAUAAUUCCACAGCUUCUUUUAGCCUUCUCUCGUGCACGGUCACGCCCUUGCUCUUGCGCUCGAAAGUUAGAUUACUAGCUGUUUGGUAUGGGUUUCAAAGCAGUUUAUCGAACCUUGAUGGAGCUUUUUCCACAGGUGGACUCGCGCAUGCUAAAGGCUGUUGCUAUUGAGCACUCCAAAGAUGUUAAUGGAGCUGCUGAAGUCAUUGUUUCCGAGGUUCUUCCUUUUCUUUUACAACAGUCCACAGUUGACCAUCCCCUCCCUAAGGACUGCAGUCCGAGUGGGCUAUCAGUUGGAAGAGAUGCAGUUGUAAAUGAGGAGCAGAACAAUAAAACUAUAACCUCUUCUUUGGAACCAAAAUCAAUAUCCAGAGAAGAUGCUUGUAAAACUAAUCUUACAAGUGCUAGUGCCAUCCAUUAUUCUGAUUCAACUCAUCAAGAGAAGGCACUUCCACCUACUACAUUAUCUUCUGAUAAAAAUGUUAACAUUAAUCAAUUCCCAGGGAAUAACAUUAAUCAGUUUGAAGGGAAUAUUGAAAGUGAGGAAUCCAUUUUGUUAUUGAGGUUUCAAAAUAAAGAAGAAAAUGUUCAGUCUAACUUGAAUACUGAAAAGGAGGAGUCAGUAUUGUCGAUGGGGUCUCAACAUCAAGAAGAUAAUGUCCAGUCUUCCACAUUCCAGACUUCCAAAUUCACAUCAAGUGCUUUGUUGUUAGAUGAAAAUACUGGUCUCAGUCAAUUAUGUACUGAAGAUGAGAUGUCAGCUUCAUCUUUGGGUAAAUGUCAAGAGAUUAACAUCAAAGUUGGGCAUGAGCAAACUUCCCAAAACAUGCCAAUUGGUUUGUCAGUGGAAAAUUGUGGGCAUCAUAGCAAGUGGAAGGAUCAUGAUAGCUCUUCAGCUGAUAAUUUUGACAGGCUUUGUAGUGAAGAAGUCCUGCAAGUAGAGUCAUUUUCAGCUGGUACUGGUUUGGAAGUGGAAAAUUCUGUGUUUGAAAAGAUGCUAGAUGCUGCAGAAGGUGAUUUUCAAUCAGAAUUGUCUGCCACUUCCAGUGGUAGUAAGUCCAAUCAAGACAUCAAAGUUGAUUUCCUUGAGGAUAUUGUUGAAGCUGCUAAAAACAACAAGAAAACCUUGUUUUUAGCAAUGGAGUCAAUAAUGAACAUGAUGAGACAAGUUGAACUUCAAGAGAAAAUCGCAGAGCUAGCUAAAGAGGAAGCUGCUCGUGCAGGCGUGGACAUUCUAUCCAAGGUGGAGGAACUUAAACAAAUGCUCAAACAUGCAAAGGAGGCAAAUGACAUGCAUGCCGGGGAGGUUUAUGGUGAGAAGGCCAUUCUAGCUACUGAAGCGAGGGAGUUGCAGGCUCGGCUAGUCAGCUUGUCCUAUGAAAGAGAUAAAGCUCUUGCAAUUCUUGAUGAGGAAUGCCUUUAUAUGGUAAGUGCUACAUUUAUGCAGAUGCAUCAAACACUGGAAGCACGACUAGCGGCAGCAGAGGAGCUAAGGAGAACUGCUGAGGAGCAGAAGCAGGAAAAAGAAGAAUCUGCACGAAAUGCUCUUGCUGAGCAAGAAGCCAUCAUGGAGAAGGUGGUGCAGGAGUCCAAGUUCCUUAAGCAGGAGGCAGAGGAAAAUUCUAAGCUUCGGGAGUUUCUGAUGGACCGUGGUCAGUUUGUUGAUACAUUGCAAGGAGAAAUAUCUGUUAUUUGUCAGGAUGUGAGACUGCUGAAAGAGAGAUUUGAUGAGCGUAUUCCAUUGAGCAAAUCUAUUAGCUCAAGCCAAACUAGUUGCAUCUUAGCCUCGUCUGGCUCAUCUCUUAGAAGCGUGGCAUCUGAUGAACUAGUCCCUGAGCAGAAGGAGACAUUUAACAGCCCUAAAGAGAGAAGUCCCACAUCUUCUAUUUCUAACCAGUCACCUAAGAGCCAACAGGAAGAGGAGAGGAAUAAAAAACAGCUUUUGGAUGAUGGGUGGGAUUUCUUUGAAAAUGACGCAGAAAUGUAAAGCUGAGGUGGAAUGUAGAUGAUGGAUAAAGAAGGAAUAAUUUCAUCUAUAUGGGUUACAUAUUAGGUAGUAUUGGAGAUUUUUGAAUUAGUUUUAUAUAUGUUUAUAGCUAUUAAUAUCUAUUUUUGGACUUGAUUGAAAUGACUGAUGAAAUAAAUACGCAAACCAAUUAUUUCAUCUAA